CCGGAAGUUGUUUUUCUCACUCAGAUGACAAAUUCCGGUUGGGGAAAUUUGAACGCUGUUGCACAGUCGCGCAGUCAGCUGAUGAUUUAAAGUUUUGCUUGUUUGACUGAAGGUGCGAUAUAUUAAAUUCAGUUUUAGCAGGAGAGUGAAGUGCUCAAGUGCUGAUCGGUAGUGUUCCGUGUGGCGAUGGAUCCCGGCACUGUAUCUCUGUUUCAGAGAGUCUCUGAAAAGCUGGGCUGGGACAGAGAUGGAGGUCUUGAUAAAGCUGAAGAGAAGUUGAGGAAGAGCUUGAAGAAGAACAGAUGUCCAGCGCUGGGUAGUUAUGACUCAAGCCCUUUCUCAAGCACAGAUCCAGCACACAGACUGCUGCUUUCUGACACUGACAGCUCAGGGAAGGAGAAUCAGUCUCGUGAAAAACAUGUGCUGUUGACUUCAGAUGAUGAGGACUUUGAUAAAUUUCUUGCUGCAAAGGCUACACCAAAAUCUACAUUUAAACAGUCUGCAUCAGCUGCACUGAAACCAAGAGAACCAAUUCCAGUUCUGUCUUCAGAAAGCGAUGAUGAAUUUGAAACAUUUUUAAAUCGAGUGAAAACCCCAAAAGCGCAAGUCCGGUCGCAGUCUGUCAGUAGCAGUGAUGACAGUUUGAAACGCUUCGUAGUUGACAGCAUGUCAUCUGAUGACGAUUUUGUCACUGAGAGGAAACCUUCCAUUAAUAAAGUGAAAGCCAAGACUGCUAGAACUCCUAAAUCAGUUCAGAAGACAGAGAAACGGCCUCCAUCUCUCUGCGAUUCUCCUGUCUUUCUGAGCGACAGUGAUGAUGACAGAAACGUUGUUGUCAAGAGCACCUGGAAGACCAGACACAGCCGUCCACUAUCUGAGGACCAUCAUGCCACAAGUAAAGGCAAGGAUACUGCAAAACCUUAUGUUGCUCCACCUGCAAUCACUGUGACGAAACAAACCGGUCGAGAGGACACAUGCAGCUCUGAGGAGGAGUUCCAGUCUUUAUUGGACCGAGUCAGACAAAAUCAGAAUCUAGGAGGCAGAACAUGUGCAAGCCCAAAGCCACCUACAGAAUCCAAACCAAGACCUCCCUGUUUGUCAACACCAUCUGCUGUGGGUAAGAAAGCUACUAACCAAGCUCCGGUUAAACGAUCAACAACAACCCACACCCCAGUGCAGCAGACGCCCAGCAGCAGACCAGUGAGCCAUACUGAGCCCAGAGCGCCGCCCAAUAGCAGGGUGGUGGUGUGUAAAACUCCUGGCUGCUUCCUGCAAUCUCUAUCUGUACCUGGAUCAUCGUACUGCACCAGCUUCAAACAGAACAAAGAGGAACUCACCAACAAACUCUACCAGCUCUACAACACCAGUGUGUUUGACAGUAAGCUUCCCGUUGACAUGUCUGUCACAUGGAACAAGAAGAUGCGCAAGACAGCAGGAUAUUGCGUCUCAGGCCAGGAGCGUGGCACUGGGAAACGAUAUGCUCGUAUUGAGCUGUCUGUCAAAGUUUGUGACUCUGCAGAUCGGUUACGAGAUACGCUAGUCCAUGAAAUGUGUCAUGCUGCCACAUGGCUAAUAAACAAUGUGCGUGAUGGGCACGGGCCGUUCUGGAGGCUUUAUGCCCGUAAAGCGAUGCUGGCACAUCCUGAGCUACCGAUGGUUACCCGCUGCCACAGUUAUGACAUCAACUACAAGUACCAGUAUCAGUGUAACCGCUGUAAGAACACGAUCGGCCGCCACUCUAAGUCCCUGGACACCACAAAGUUUGUGUGUGCCUUGUGCACUGGACAGCUGGUUUUGUUGACACCCGCAAAGCAGCGAGCACCCACGCCCUUCGCCACUUUCGUGAAGGAAAACUACAGCUCAGCGAGACAGGAACUGGCAGGCCAGAGUCAUGCUGAGGUCAUGCGCAAACUCAGCGCUGACUUCGCCAGCAAAACACGUCUCAGUCAAAGCUGACCUCUGAUCAGACACACGAGUCACAAAUACCUUAAACCAAGACUGCUGCAUCAGUUUGAAUUCUGUUCAUAUGCAGUGUCAACUUACUGGGAAUGAAAUGGAUGUUGUGGGCAUUUUGGGCUUCAUCAGGCUCUUUUUAUUUGGUCUUAUACUGUGAAAUGGUUUUAUUUGUGGUUAAAGGCCAGAAAAGCCUUAUGAUGUAUGAGCCGCAUUCAUAUGUUCAUUUACUUCGUUACGGGUUUGUUGCUGAGUCUAAAGAUCUACCUCUUGCUAUCAAAGGGAUUGCCUGUCCUUUUUUUUGUAUUUGUAUUUGUGUCACGUUGUUUGGUUAUAUUAUCUUGUAUAUGUUUUAUUUGUUUAGAUGUUUUUUACUUCAGAAUAAACA